GGGGCGAGCGCGCGCGCCGCUUAACCACGAGUUGAUAGUAAUCAUUUUCUAAUAGUUAUAAAACAAUGAACAUCGAGAUGGGAAGUGCGUCCCAGGAAUGCGGACGAGUAAAGGCUAUUACUUUUUUGGAUUUGGGAUACAAAACCACAAAUGCGCAAGUUUCAGGAUUUCCGCUAUGUUUCAAUCGUAAAUCGAGUACAACAUUAACUAUUAUUAAUGGAGCCUGUGGAGUGAUAAGGCCAGGACGCCUAACCUUCAUUCUUGGACCCUCCGGUGCUGGAAAAACCACUCUUCUCAAAAUAAUAGCCAAACGAAAAAAAUCCGGAGUAACGGGUUCCGUUUUCGGUGCCAACCGUAACGUUGUUUUUGUAGAUCAACACACCACCCUAAUAGAAACACUUACCGCAAGAGAAACUAUAAAGUUCGCCGCGAGCCUAAAACUGGCGAAAAUGAACUACCGAGAACGUAUACAAACGGUGGAAUCAGUAACAAAACAGUUGGGUAUUUACGACAUUCUUAACACAAAGUGCAGUCGUCUUUCGGGUGGAGAAAGGAAAAGACUUACAAUCGCCUGUGAAUUAUUAACAGACCCUCCGAUUAUGCUUCUUGAUGAACCGACGAGCGGCCUUGAUACAGUGUCGUCAUUGUCUGUGGUUCGAGCGCUGCAGACAGUGGCACGCGCUGGUCGAAUCGUGGCCUGCGUGGUACACCAACCUUCCUCACAACUAUACGCAACAGCAGACGAUGUCCUAUUAUUGGCCAACGGAAAAACCCUUUAUGCUGGGCCACUGAGAGAUAUUCCUGGGACACUAUUAAAAGCUGGCUUAUCGUGUCCACAAUAUUAUAACAUGGCUGAUUAUUUAUUAGAGGUCGCAAGUUUAAAUCAUCCAUCCCAUCAAAUUCUUGAAAGUGAAGCACGGAGCUAUGCUAUUGAAUUGAGAAAAAAUAUACAAAUCGACAUUUCAAUAAAAAAUGGAGAAGAAUCUUCACCAGAAUCGGAAGCCUUACUAAUUCCGUAUCCUGUUAAGGAUUCGCAUACAUACACCGCAAAUUCAUUACAACAAUGUAAAGCGCUACUGUGGAGAUGCUUCAUUGGAGCCGUCAGAGACGUACACAUAACUCAGAUUAGAUUGGCCACCCAUCUCGUAGUGGCGCUAUUGUUAGGUGCACUAUACAACAAAGCUGGCCUGGAAGCACACAGAAUUAUAUCUAAUACUGGAUGUUUGUUUUUCUUUCUACUAUUCUUAUUCUUCUCUAAUGCUAUGCCCACUAUUCAUACGUUUCCAUCAGAAUCAACAGUCGUUCUUCAGCAGCAUAUGAACAGAUGGUACUCCUUAGUUCUUUAUUGUGGUUCGAAGAUUAUAGUAGAUCUACCUAUACAACUCCUGUGUUCCACUGUGUUCCUAAUUCCAGCAUGGUACUUAACAUCGCAACCUACAGACCUAUUUAGAGUAGGAAUGGCGUGGACAAUAUGCGUACUCAUGACUAUUCUGGCCCAAACAUUUGGUUUGGUAGUCGGUGCUGCUUAUGGAAUGAAGCUCGGUCUGUUUAUCAUUCCUGCUGCAAACAUUCCAAUGCUGAUGUUCUCAGAGUUUUUCAUUCCGUACAAGGAAAUACCGACGUACCUUCAACCGCUCUGCGUGAUCUCAUACUUUCGUUACGGUUUCAAUGCCUUCCUUAAAAUAGUAUACGGUUAUGGAAGAGAAAAACUACCCUGUCAUGUAGUAUUUUGCAUGUUUAAGAAUCCAGCGAAAUAUCUAGAAUAUUUGGGGGUCUCUGGUAGUGUGACCUAUGAUUUUCUUGCUUUAGUAAUCUGGAUUGUUGUUUUACAGAUUACUUUAGUUUUUGUUCUUAUGUUUAAGGCAUAUAAUGCGUGCAGAUGACAGUCGAAAGUUUGAUUUUAUGAAUAUAAAUGUAUCUAAUAACGUAGGUACCAACUAGGACCUCAUUAAUAAACUGUAAAUUGACUAAGUUAACGGAAUCGAGUUAGUAGUAGCUAGUACUUAAGACCUAUUGAUAUUUAAAUUAGUUUUUAAUGGCUUUGUCUGAUAUGAAAAUUCCUUAACUUAAUCAUUCAAAUAAUGAUUAUCUUUGUAAUACACUGUUUUCUACUUCUAUCGGAUAAUCUGAAACAAUAUACUGCUUGUUAUACGAGCAAGCGCGCACAUUAUAAUAAUAUAGCAUACGGAUACAUUUUGCAUCGCAGUUAUUAAUUUUCGAGUCAAUUCCUGUGUCGCCAACAGCAAGGCGUCGCAUACUCUAAGGUCAUAUGUAUCUUCUGCACGUUACGCAAUGUCGCAAUCUUGCUUCGGUUUACUAAUACCUCCGUGAAAAGUCAACUCAUAUGAUUGAUCAACGAUAAGAUCUAAAAGUCUUGUUUUAUUCAGUACUAGCUGACCCGGCAGACUUCGUAGUGCCCCACUCGAGAAAUAAAAUACCUAAACUUUUGUACAAAAUAACCUUAAAACAAACAAAAG